AUGGCCAAGGCAAACACCGCCGUCAGCUUUGACUCCAUCAUUGCAGCGGAUCGCAGGAAGAAGAAUGAGGCCCUCGCCAAUGAGAUCUUUGGCAAGAAGAAAGACAAAAAGUCAGCUAGAUCAAACCCUCGCACAUCUGAUCUAGCAAGCAGAAUCACAAAGACUGCCCGUUCAAAUCGCAUCGCCUCCGCCCUAAAUUCUGGUCAGGCCAAUGUCAUCCCGACGCAGCCACGAACGAUAGGCCAAGGUUUCAGCAUCAAAGGGAAAGCUGGGCCGUUUGUGGUUGAAGCCCGCAAUUUUGCCCCGGGUACGACGGCUGCCGACAUAGAAUCCGCGCUGGCAGACGAGAUCCUGGAUAGCACAGGUUCUAGUGCCUUGCUGUCAUGUCGCCUGGUCUCUACAACUCCUACCGUCAUUGCAGAAAUGACCUUCACAGAGAAAUAUAUCGCCGACAGAGUGAUUUCCAUGUAUGACCAACAGAAGGCUGACGGCCGAAUUCUACGAUUAUCUCUGAAAUCUUCAACUUCGUCCAUCCAUGCCCCACAAGUCAAGCAGACAGAUCUAAUCGACUCCACCGGACCGGCUCCACUAGAUCCAGCUCCCGAUCCAGUCCAUGAUAAUGCCAUGGACGGUGUCGAGUUGGCCAAUGAGCCUUCUGCAGCAGCCUACGAUGAUCGAAAUGACCAUGACUCCCGACAUGGGGAACCCGACGUGCAAGAUAGCCGGUACGGAUUUGACGAUUCACAAGCCGAGCAGCAGGACGAAAGAAGAAAUGAACCCCGCCGGGAUCGUGACAGAGAUCGAGACCGAGACUAUGAGCGAGAAAGAGAGCGUGAUCGCGAUAGAGAUAGAAAUAGGGAGCGUGAUCAUGACCGCUACGAACGCCGUCAAGACCGAGGCUCGUACCGUCAGAAUGAUCGCCCGUCGUCAUACAACACACGCACCUCGCAUUAUGGUAAUGGUGUUGGUGCAGGAGCAGCCCCUGGCUCACUUCCCCAGAGAGGCUUCUACAAUGGUGGACAGGGAGGCUUUCGAGGUGGCGGUCCUGGCCGUAUGUACAGUGACGAGAUGAUGCGUGGCGGAUGGCGUGGAGGUGGCUUCGGCGGAGGCUACAGAGGACGGGGUGGCUACUGA